AUCCACACUGCCAACCUUAUGUCUAACCUUAGCCUUACAUUAAGACCAAAAAGAAAACGUUUGUUUUCAUAAAUAUUUACGAUGGCUGUGGUAACUAGUGGAAACCCAAUAACUUUCCUACGCGAUGCACAUCAAUAACAGGCUCUCUGAUUGGUCAGGGACACAUGAACGGUGCAUUUGUAAAUGGCUUUCCUUGGGAAUAAUGUAAUGUUUUAUUUGUUGUAAUGUAUUAUCAGCACCUUAAAGCAUUUUGUCGCAAUUUUGAGUAACAUUUUUUUGAUCGUCUUGGAUCUGGAAAACGAUGUCGGCCGCAGAAGGCGAUCGCAGUUCGGAACAACUGAAUAAAUUCGAGAAACUGACAGUGAGGCCUCCAGUCAGAGUAGCAGGUCUCCAUAUGCCCCCAGCUCGGAGCGGGCAUCGCUGCGUGGCAGACAACACCAACCUGUACGUGUUCGGGGGGUACAAUCCGGACUAUGAUGAGUCGGGCGGCCAGGAAAACGAGGACUACCCGCUGUUCAGGGAGCUGUGGAGGUACCACUUUGCCACGGGCACCUGGCAGCAGAUCCGUACAGAGGGCUACAUGCCCACCGAGCUGGCCUCCAUGUCAGCUGUUUUACAUGGAAACAAUCUGCUGGUGUUUGGUGGCACUGGGAUUCCCUUUGGGGAAAACAACGGGAAUGACGUCCACGUCUGCAACGUCAAGUACAAGCGGUGGUCGCUGCUCAACUGCCGAGGGAAGAAGCCCAACCGAAUCUACGGACAGGCGAUGGCCAUCAUUAACAGCUUCCUGUAUGUAUUUGGGGGAACAACGGGCUACAUCUACAGCACAGACCUGCACAGACUGGACCUGAACACUAGAGAGUGGAUCCACCUCAAACCCAACAACCCACCAGACGACCUGCCUGAGGAACGGUACAGACAUGAAAUAGCACACGACCGUCAGAGGAUAUACAUCCUGGGAGGAGGGACCUCCUGGACCUCCUAUCCUCUGGACAAGAUACAUGCGUACAACCUGGAGACAAACUCCUGGGAGGAGAUCUCAACCAAGCCUCAUGAUAAAAUAGGGUACCCUGCUCCCAGGAGAUGUCACAGCUGUGUGCAGAUACGGAACGAUGUGUUUCUAUGCGGAGGUUACAACGGUGAAGUCAUAGUGGCUGAUCUGUGGAAGAUCAGCCUGCAGACGUUCCAGUGGACCAAGCUCCCAGCAGUGAUGCCUGAGCCAGCCUAUUUCCACUGUGCUGCUGUGACCCCGGCUGGCUGCAUGUACAUCCACGGUGGUGUGGUGAACAUCCACGAGAACAAGCGGACUGGCUCCCUGUUUAAGAUCUGGCUUGUGGUGCCCAGCCUGCUGGAGCUGUGCUGGGAGCGUCUGCUCAAGGCCCACCCCCAGCUGGCUCAGUUGCCCACCAUGCAGCUCCUCCACCUGGGCCUCACACAGGAACUCAUCGAGCGCUUGAAAUAAAGGAGGGAGGAUGGAUGGACGGACGGGAGGUGAUGUCGGACGGAGAACACAGGAUUUAUUUUUAAGGGGGUCGCCUUGAAGGAGUUGAUGGUCCCUCUGCCUACGUAGCCCCGCCUUAAAACCUAAAACAAUGGGAUUUCUUUUUGCGUUUGGACGUCUGAUGAUUUUAAAGGGAAUCCAAGUUGAAUGUUUCUUGACCCCGCCCCAUUCCCCCGUCUCACCCCCAUUCCCCCCCCACACGCCUCUAGCCUCUCAAUCCGCCGGCCUACAGACCCAGUGCAGACCCAGAAAUCAUUUGCUCCACGGCUUUCAGAUUCACGACGACCCUCACUACUUCCUCAUUUUAUAUUGGCCUUCAUGACUUUAAUAAGAAAGACAUUUCAGAGGAAUGAUUAUUUAUUUGAAGGACGUUUAUUUGUAUGUAUUUUCACGAGACAUCCUGUUCGGCAUUUCUCUCACAUUUAUUUUCUCUCUACAUACAAUUAGGAAAGUUGGCAUGUUUUUGUGUGACAAGGGGAAGGUAGUAUUGGUACCACCCUCAUGCCAGACUUAGACGGAGGUUGUCGUCAGCACUUUUCCCUAUUCAAGGCUUAUUAAUAACAGAUAGUGUCUGAUUUUAAUAGUUUGUGUGAAGAACAGACUGAUGCUACUGUAGUUGGGUCUCUAAUAGACCCCUUCCCUUUCACCUAAUACCCAUUUAACACUUAUCUGAUAUGCAUUCAGGUAUCUCAGAUAUACAUACAGGUAUUUGGAACAAUUAUCUCUGAUAUACAGUUCUCUGUGAUAGUUAUCUGUAUCAGUGUCCCAAAUUGCACCCUAUUCUCUCUGUAGUGCACUAUUUUUGACCAAGGGACUUAUAUCCACCAUAGUAGAAACAUAAUAUGAAUGGAAGAUGGGUAAGAGUCAAAACACCUGGUCUCCAUUCAUUCUGAACUGUAUCAGUCACUUUAGUAUGCUUGUGGUAAGUCCAUUUGUAAACUAAAUCAUCCCAUCACUGUGAAUAUGGUGCUCCAUAAAAGACUUUAAAAUGUUUUUAUUUAAAUAAAAUAUUCAAUUUCUGUUCCAACUUUUACUCCAUCUUUGCUAAUAGAACAUAAAUAUAAACAGAUUUUGGGGGAUCUGUUUUAAGUAGAAUACUAACAUUGAUCUGAUUCAGUGCCUUUCCCAAAGUUUCAAUGAUAUUGAAGUACCACAACCUAGAAAGGAGAAGGAAACAUGAGUAAUGGUUUAGCUUGAUCUGAACAUACUGACCAUCUAAAAAUGACUCCCAUUUGGGAUCAUUUCUCCUUCUCUAUAAUUUCCCCUCACAUUAAAGAUAACAUAUGCAUCACUUGUCAGAUCAGUCAACAAUGCAUUGCUGAAUUUUUUCAUUGUGCCCUUUCCAAACACAUUGAACUGCUCCAUUGUCAAGCAAUCAUUGGACAAAUAGUUAAAGCAGCAAUAAUGUGGGAAUAUGUAUUUAUGCUGCUGUAUUUAUGGAUGACUUAGAGUUCAUGUAUGUUGUACUUGGGCUGAAUCUGAACAGUAUUCUGCUGUUAAGGCUCAAUGUAUGCAGACAGAGUGCCAGGGUCAGAUAAUCAACACAGUUCAGAUUAUAUGCUGAGUUGGGGACGUGGUUUAACGCCAAAUAUUAUGGCACCUUGAAUUCAAUGCCAUUAAAAUCUGCCUUGUGGAACAAAAUUGUAUUUAUUGAUCGUUGCCAAGGGGGUAGUUUAAAAUGUUAAUGAAAACCCAUGAUUCCCUACUCCCCAUCAAGGAAAUGCCUAAAUCUGUGCCUGUCAUUUUAUUACACCUCUUCUCCGCAUGAUGUCAUUAGUCACCUUUUGAGUUGGAAAAGUCAUCUCCCUUGGACUUGAAUCCCUUCUGUGCAGCAAAUGGUUUUUAGGCGAUCGCUGAAUUGAUAAUUGUAUUUGUGAAUGUUUUGUUUCGAUUGUUGACAAGUCAAUAAACAUGUACUGUAAAUA